CACACACCACACUCGCAAUAUAGUUUACAAAGAGGUCUUCAACAACAUUCCCCAUGAACAAGAAAAUACAAGUCCAACACAACAAAAUGCCAUCAUCACUGAAUGAAGCAAACAUGUAUGCUAAUCAAGUCAUUAGUUUCUCCAGAAACUCCUGACAAGAGACAUGGGAUUUUUACGGGUUCAUGAUUCAAAUGACAUUCUAAGUUUUAUAUGUCUCUGCUCUAUUACAAAAGCACCUGCUCGAACACUAUUCAAACGCUCAAAAAAAAUAAUAAAUCAAACUCUAGCAAAUCCGCCAUUUCAAUGGCGUCCACAGCUCCAUCUCUCUCCUUCCUCGCACCUCACAUCUCCGCGAUUCCCACAUCAAACCCCAUUCCCACUCGUUUUGCGUUUCCCAUUUCGCCCCUCAAACCCUCGAAAAUCACCCUCCCUGCUGCGCUGCACCACGCAGCCAAGCCGCUCUCCUAUGAAAUCGAAGCCGCCUCGGAUCGCCUGAAUCCGGUGAAGACGGAUGUAGAAGAAGAAAAAGAAGUCGAAGCGGAGGACGACGGAUUCUACGAGAUCGAACACGGCGGGAUCUGUGCGGUUCCGAAGAAGAGACGGUCCCGAUCUAAGUCACGAAUCCGGAGAAAUGUCUGGAAAGGGAAAGCUCAGAUUGCCGCCGCGAAGGCUUACUCGCUGGCCAAAUCAAUUGCGACUGGGAAUUCUAAGAGUUUUCUGGUCAUCAGCAAAUCUUCAUCUUCUUCUACUUCAUCAGAAUCUUAGUUCUGCCUGCCAGUGCCGAGUAUGGCGUCAUUUGGCACAUUUUCGGCUGGAUGUUUUGGGCAUUCCCUCUUGCCAGUGCAGAGUUCACCACAUAUGCCUACACACCCCCGAGUGGUAGUGCCUGGCGUAAUCUUACCACAAGCUAACAUCUCCCCAGAACCAUUUGUCCUCUGCCUCACGGUGGUGAAAUCUUUUGAUAGGUUAAUCGGAGUCCACGAAGGGUGCAAAAAUGUUGCGGGAGAUUUUAAUAG